GAGUCUGAGGCCAGGAGCGCACCCCAACCUCCCGCCCUGCCCCCCUGCCAGCCACCAGCCGGGGAUCCGGGCAGCCCUGCAGUGCCUGCGCUGGGAUGGGGUGGGUCCCCUCAAGAUGCUUCUUUGGUGACCCGUUGCGACCCGAGGAGCCAGGAGCUAUACGGGAGCCUGGCCUCCUCAGGUUCCGCUUAGGGUCAGAUUCCCAGGAAUGACCUUGAGUCACGGCCCCUGCCCACAGCCUCCUCUGCCCACGCCCAGGAAAGAGGAAGCCACAGGCCCAGUUCUUUCUCACACACAGCCCUGGCUGCCACCUGGGCCAGAUCACUCCAUUCCUGACUCUGGGCCUCAGUUUCCCUUCCCGAGCAAUGGCAAGGCGAAGCUCCCGGGUCUCCUGGCUGGCCUUUGAAGGCUGGGAAUCUAGGGACCUGCCUCGGGUGAGCCCUAGAUUGUUCGGAGCUUGGCACCCCGCGCCUGCUGCAGCUAGGAUGCCAACGCGCUGGGCCCCUGGGACUCAAUGCAUGACCAAGUGUGAGAACUCUCGCCCCAAGCCCGGUGAGCUAGCCUUUCGAAAGGGUGACAUGGUGACCAUCUUGGAGGCCUGUGAGGACAAGAGCUGGUACCGAGCCAAGCACCAUGGCAGUGGGCAGGAAGGGCUGCUGGCGGCCGCUGCUCUGCGACAGCGGGAGGCCCUCUCCACAGACCCCAAGCUCAGCCUCAUGCCAUGGUUUCAUGGCAAGAUCUCCGGCCAGGAAGCCAUACAGCAGCUGCAGCCACCCGAGGACGGGCUGUUCCUUGUGAGGGAAUCAGCUCGUCACCCUGGAGACUAUGUCUUGUGUGUCAGUUUCGGCCGUGACGUCAUCCACUACCGUGUUUUGCAUCGAGAUGGGCACCUCACCAUCGAUGAGGCCGUGUGUUUCUGUAACCUGAUGGACAUGGUGGAGCACUACACCAAGGACAAGGGGGCCAUCUGCACCAAGCUGGUGAAGCCAAGGAGGAAACAGGGCGCAAAGUCUGCAGAGGAGGAGCUCGCCAAGGCUGGCUGGCUACUCGACCUGCAGCAUCUGACUCUGGGAGCACAGAUUGGAGAGGGGGAGUUUGGAGCCGUCCUACAGGGUGAGUACCUGGGACAGAAGGUGGCUGUGAAGAAUAUCAAGUGUGAUGUGACAGCCCAGGCCUUCCUGGAUGAGACGGCUGUGAUGACGAAGCUGCAGCACAGGAACCUAGUGCGACUCCUGGGUGUGAUCCUGCACCACGGCUUGUACAUUGUCAUGGAGCACGUGAGCAAGGGCAACCUGGUGAACUUCCUGCGCACGCGGGGCCGUGCUCUUGUGAGCACCUCUCAGCUUCUGCAGUUUGCUCUUCAUGUUGCUGAAGGCAUGGAAUACCUGGAGAGCAAGAAGCUGGUGCACCGGGACCUGGCUGCUCGGAACAUCCUGGUCUCUGAGGACUUGGUGGCCAAGGUCAGUGACUUUGGCUUAGCCAAGGCAGAGCGCAAGGGGCUGGACUCAAGCCGGCUGCCAGUCAAGUGGACGGCACCUGAGGCUCUCAAAAACGGGCGGUUCUCCAGCAAGUCGGAUGUCUGGAGUUUUGGGGUGCUGUUGUGGGAAGUCUUCUCUUAUGGAAGAGCCCCAUACCCCAAGAUGUCGCUAAAGGAGGUUUCAGAGGCUGUGGAGAAGGGUUACCGCAUGGAGCCCCCCGAUGGCUGCCCAGGCUCUGUGCACACCCUCAUGGGUAGCUGCUGGGAGGCAGAGCCUGCGCGCCGACCACCCUUCCGCAAAAUAGUGGAGAAGCUGGGCCGUGAGCUCCGCAGUGUGGGUGUCUCGGCCCCCGCUGGGGGACAGGAGGCUGAGGGCUCAGCUCCCACACGGAGCCAGGACCCCUGAUCCCUGAAGCAGAAAGCAAGAGGACAUAGAUGCAGGGUCACAGAGCCAGGAAGAGCUCUGCAGCCCCUGAGACCCCCAUGCCUGGGACACUCCAUAAAGAGCAUUUGGAAGGAUUUUGUACAA